AUGGCCAAAUAUCGUGAUAAUGAUCUGAUAGGUGAGAUUUCGGACCCUCAGAUUACAUGGGACGAGACGGAGCUGGAGAGAAUACAGUCGGAGUUUAAGGCAUUGCAGAAAGACUACAAUGGCGUUGACGCCAUAGACACCCGAAACUUGAGCAAGAUUCAGCAGCGCGAAUAUUGUCGCCAACUAGUGCAAGGCGCAUUUCAGCUUCUGCAUCUCCAGCCUGGAGAUUAUCUAGACUGCUUUGAGGCAUGCAUCCGCAAAUAUGUCGUUUCCAAGCUAAGAGACAUCGUGUACCUUUCUGAGCUACACGGUAGAUACCACAUUCUACCUGCUACAAGUGUGGUAGCCUCAAUUGUUGUCAAGCAGCUCCGCAAAGUUAACACAGAUGGAGUGGAUGAGAUUAUCUACCUCAUGAUGAGAUACAAGGUCUUUGAGUUUGCACACGCGUCAGUCAAGCACUAUAACGGGCGAGGAAGUAAGAUCAUACGAACCAAACACGUCAUACCAAACUGGAAGCCUAAAACCUUGAAGGCUGAAAUCCCUGGCAGCUUCGGUGACAUGGGAUUGUCCUGGCUAGUCCUGAAUAAGUCUCUUGAGAUGGAGGAUACCAAGAGCCAGGCUGGCAUAAUGCUCAAGUCCCAGAUGCCAUUACUGUCUUUUACAAACCCGACAACAAAGAAGAUUACCCGGCAGCAAGCGGUUGAUCUGGUUGUCCCCCAUAUGACCAAGAUCAUGAGAGAGUUGUGGUCAACGACUACAAACGAUGAGUGUGCGGCAGCCUUGACCAAGGAGAUCAUCAUAGUGUUACCCCCGGAUAUGAAGGAAUGGCUAGAGACGUGGAGCAGACAAGCAGGGAAGCAGGAAGUCGAGGUAUGGGUCAGAGAGGCUACUGAAGACCUCGAGACCUACGAAUGGGGAGAGACUCAAGCCAUGGAGCCAAUCUGUGCUGUCAUUAAUGAACUGGACGAACUGCAGCACAGCAAAGAUAUCACAUCUAUCGCGGCACGCCACAAGAUUCGUGACGGAAUGGCCAUGAUCCGAAGUUACAUUAUGGGAAUGGAGGGGAAAUGGAAGGAGUGGGCAUAUAAAGAGCUCAGCAAGGAACUGCUCGAGUGUCAGGCAGCAAUCGCGACUGAUGUGAGCUUCAUUCGUCGUUCCCUCGAAGAGAAUGACGAACGUUGCUGGAAGAAACGCCGCGCAAACAUGGAAAACGCAGCAAACGAUGAUGGAGCGAAGACAAACUGGCUGCUAUGA